UGUUUAUAAACAAAAGUUGCUAAGUCGAUAUUGACAUAUUGACAGGUUAAAAUUUUAUCAUCCUUUCGUUGUAUUUGCUGCAUUUAAUAAGAAAGCACGAUUUUACUUGAGCCAUGGAGGGUGAAACAGCCAUAGAAAGAUCAAUAAGAGAGUUUGUAUAUACAAAGAUACAAGAACAGGUAUUCCUAGAUGUUUCCAAGAGCAACACAAUCACAGUGAAGCAUCGGUCAAAGCAUGGAUCAACUGCUUUAGCUAUGUUUUGGUUGCGGGUAUUAAGACAUAAGAAUAAUUAUCCGAUGCCGAAAUUUCCAUACAAGCAAUUGUAUGAUAAGCAUGGCAAUGAUAAGGUAAUAUUGAAAGUUGACAGUGUUACCCUUACAACAUUUAUGAGCACAGGUACUUUGAUGAUUCAAGGACAUUUUGUUCUGGAAUGGUUUAUAAACACAUUUCCUAGUAUACUGUCAGCAUAUGAUGCUCCAAUCAAAGAUCCACAGCGUCUGAGUACAUGUUAUUCCCAGUAUACUGAAAGUUGGAAACAGUUGAUGGACGAUGAUACACUGAAGAAAGCAUCAGAAGAAAAAGAAGUACGAGAGAGAGAAGAUAAUGCUAUUAAAGUCGCUGAUGAUUUAGAUACAGUUCUGGAUACAGUUAACACAGAGGUGGCAAAGUUUGAUAUUGAAAAUACUACAGUUACAGAGACAGAAACAUCUACAUUGAGGGAGAGGUUGAAGAUAGCAGAAGAUUCCAUGGCCGACCAGUUGGCAACUGAGCUUAAACUUAUCUCUCUAGAUGUAUGGUCAGGAGAUACAUUAACGGCACAGCUUGAUAAUCUACGCACCGGCAGUGUACGGGAUGGUUCUACAUUUAUCUACACACUCUGGAAAUCUGUACUACACCACUGGUUCAGUGAUCCUGACCGUAAAGUUUACAUUGUUACGCCAUUUCUCGAUUCCUCCCGACUUGUUGACGUCUGCAACAUCAUCCUUGAGCAUCGUCUUGAGGCUAACCUUGACGCGUUUUAUGUGCGUCAGAAAUGUGACCAUAAUAGGGAUAUAUUUGAAGUGAAGCAAAAUGCAUUAGAAAAGUAUGACGUCAAGGACCAGGUUUUUAUAGAAUACAAAAUAUUCAACAAUAUUAUAUAUCCACUGAAAAGGUUUCAUGCAAAAUUUAUUGCUUGUAUAAAAGGAAACGAAGCAGAAGUGCUGAUCACGAGUGCCAACUUUCAUGGCGACCAUUUUGAAUAUAGCAACAUGGACAGUGUACAGUUUCAGACGAUGUCAGACGUAGAAUUUAUCUCAAGGUUUCUGGCACCAAUCAAUGCUUCAGUAUUAGAAAAGAAAUAAGGGAACACUGACAUAUCUAAAUACAUAUGACUCUGCUAGAUUAUGUAACUUAACAUGCAUCAUAGAUUUAGAUAUGAUUGUAGGGAAUUAUAUGUUGGAAGUUUGAGUUACCGAUAAUAUUAUUGAAUUGUUUUAGUAUAUAGGUAUGAGGUAGAUGCUAUAAUAACAGUACUUUUUAGGCAUUUGAACUAUACUGAAAAAUAUUCCAUUC